AUGAAUCAUCCAAGAACCGAUGUUUUCCAAAUCUCUCCGAGCACUGCGCUGAGGUUAUUGUGCUCCAGCAUCGAGGUCCUCUUGAAAUCAUCCUCGGAAGAUCCACAAUUAUCUCAAAUACACGCCGCGCCUCCCGGUGUUCGGACACCCGGUGACAACAUCUCUAGUGGCGAGACCACGCCCAUUAGAGCCUCCGAAUUGCAUUGCUUUCCAGCCAAUGACGAAAAACUGGGGCACGACCUUGUUCAACAAAGCGUGCUUUCCAAGAGGUUUCUGUCGAAGCGGGUACCACCGAUCACUCUGAAAGAUUACCUUCUACGGCUUCACCAAUAUUGCCCCAUGUCCACAGGCGUUUAUCUGGCUACGAGCAUGUAUAUCACCAGAAUGGUUAAUACUGAGAAAGUGAUACAGGUAAAUGGAAGGAAUAUGCACCGUCUAGUUCUUGCUGGGCUUCGAGUUGCAAUGAAAACUUUGGAAGACCUAAGUUAUCCACACAGCCGGGUUGCUAAGGUUGGCGGAGUGACCGAACGUGAGCUGUCGAAACUCGAAGUCAGUUUCUGUUUCUUGGCAGAUUUCGAUCUACGGGUUGAUGCGCACAUGUUAUUCGAGCAGGCAAGGCUACUUCAGGCCGGGCUGGAUCUUACGGGCGACAAUUCCCCCGAAGCAGUUGAGGGCUUCUCAUGCCAAGAGUGA